AGGGACUUGCUUUCCCCUGUCGGAUGCCUUGGCUCUCUCCAAUGGUCUUUGCAAAGUCCAGAUCAUCUCUCUUUAUUAUAUGUGUAUAAAUAUAUAUAUAUAUAUUCUUUUUUCCCUCCUUCUUCUUAAAGAGAACCUUCCUCUCUGCCUCUGGCCUGCUGGAUCCAAACGAUCCCCCACCCGUUUGCCUCCGGGCCUGGAUUUCCUUCGAUUUGGUCAAGAGGCUGGGAUCCUGGAAAAACUCACCGGGUAGAAGGGAAAGCCAGGGGCUGUGUGGGGGACCGAAGGGCCUGCCACCACUGGAGGAAGCUGGAGAGAGGGGAUCCAGCCUGCGGGGGCCGCAUCUGACGCUGAAAGCCGGAAUUGUUGCUCUUGAGGGCUGGGCUGGAGUGAUGCUUGUCUGGUGGCCGAAGAAGGCAGAAUGGACCCUGAAGCAUCAAGGAGAGAAGAUCAAAUGCGGAGUUUGGCUAGGGGGAAGCAAAAGUGGAAGACUCUCCCCGGCUGGGGCUGGGCGUGGGGGAAGCCAGGCGCGCGAGGCGCAGUGGCUGGCAGGAGCCUGGUGCAGCUGGAUGCCUUUCUGGACUUUCCGAGGGAAGGGCUCGAAGCGCGAGGGCGGCCCGCGGAGGCUCGGAGGGCCGCGGGCGGAGCAGCAGCAAGAGCCGCCGCCGCCUGCCCGCCGUCCGGACCCGAUGCUGCCCUCGCUCCUGCUCUCUCUGCUGUCUCUCCUGGCGGAAGGGGCCAGCCUGCAGCCAAUCAGGAUGAGCCACCUGGGGGUGUGCCCCAACCAGCUGAACCCCAACCUCUGGGUGGACGCGCAGAGCACCUGCGAGCGGGAGUGCCACGCCGACCAGGACUGCGAAGGCUUUGAGAAAUGCUGCACGAACGUCUGCGGCCUGCGAAGCUGUGUGGCUGCCCGCUAUGCCGACGGAAGCCUCUCCUCCCUGGAGCUGGUGCAAGAGGCCACGUGCGAGAGCUUUGUGUGCACCCAGCAGGGCUCGGACUGCGACAUCUGGGAUGGGCAGCCCGUCUGCAAGUGCAAGGACAGGUGCGAGAAGGAGCCCAACUUCACCUGUGCCUCUGACGGGCUCACCUACUACAACAAGUGCUACAUGGACGCCGAGGCCUGCAUCCGGGGCAUCAGCCUCGCCGUGGUACCCUGCAAGUACAUUUUCACCUGGCCCAACACCAGCCCAGUGCCGCUGGAGACCACGGCUCACCCAACGCCUGGUGCGGCUGCCGAGCUGCCCGUUCCGCCAGCUCUCUACAACAACCCCUUCCACCAGUCGGUCUACGUGGGCGGCACCGUCAGCUUCCACUGCGAUGUGAGCGGGCGGCCCCGCCCUGACAUCACCUGGGAGAAGCAGAGUGACCACCAGGAAAACUUCAUCAUGCGGCCCGAUCAGAUGUACGGCAACGUGGUCGUCACCAACAUCGGCCAGCUGGUUAUCUACAACACUCAGCCAGAGGACGCUGGGAUCUACACUUGCACGGCCAGGAACUCCGCUGGUCUCCUGCAAGCGGACUUCCCGCUCUCGGUCAUCAAGAGGGAGCACUCCAGAGGGGAGCCAAGAGCGUCCAGCCCUCCUCAGCUCCCGCCCGGCGAGUGCCUGAAGGAACCUGACAAACAGGACUGUGAGGCUCCCCAAGUCCGCUGGCAUUUUGACUCCAAGAAAGGCUCCUGCACCACUUUCCGUUAUGGCGGCUGCAGGGGCAACCAAAACCACUUUGACACCUAUGAAGAGUGCCAACUGUCCUGUAUCAAUAACGCCGUCAACCUGUGCACUCUUCCCAUAGUGCAAGGCCCCUGUAAGACCUGGGAGCCCCGCUGGGCCUACAACCACCUGAUGAAGCAGUGCCACUCCUUCAUCUACAGCGGCUGCGAGGGCAACGAGAACAACUUUGACAGCAAGGAGAGUUGUGAAGAAGUCUGCCCCUUCCCCAAGACCCUGCAAUGCAGAGCCUGCCGCCUGAAGAGCAAGAUGGUGCUGAGCCUCUGCCGCAGCGACUUUGCCAUCGUGGGGCGGCUGAUGGAGAUCAUCGAGGACCAGGACUCUGGCAUUGCUCGCUUUGUGCUGGACGACGUCCUCAAGGACGAGAAGAUGGGCCUCAAGUUCUUCAACAUCAAGUACCUAGAGGUGACCUUGACGGAUAUGGACUGGAACUGUCCAUGCCCCAACAUGACCACAGAGGACGGGCCCCUCAUCAUCAUGGGGGAGGUGCAGGAAGGGAUGGCGGUUCUUGACCCCAACAGCUACGUCCGGGCUGCCAAUGACAAGCGGGUAAAGAAGAUCUACGAGCUGCUUGAGAAGAAGACAUGUGACCUUCUCAACCGGUUCCAGGACUAGCGCCAGCUGCUGCUUUUCCUUGGCAGAGGAGAGAAGGCAGACCAAUGGAUGCCCCUACCCCCCAAAAAAGCUCGGCCCUCCUUUUCUCAUGCUGUGUUGCAGCUAUGUAGGACUGGGUUGGAGACUGGCAGAGCAAACCUGGAGCUCCUACGCACCCACAAGCCUCAAAGUGGGUGUAGACCGGACGGGGCAAAUCCUUUCUCCAGUCCGCCUCCGUAUCUCGAUUUAAAAUGUUUUCAGGUAUUAUCACUAUCCUGUUUCAACGGGCUCCAUUACGCCUGUAACUACCUGUUUUUGCGUGUGUGAAAGAGCUGUAAUUGAUCUGCGCUGGUGACAUCCCUCCACCCAAACCCGACCCAGCCUAAGUGAAAUUAAUAAUAAUAAAUCCUGUGUUUCUUCUCCAG